AUGAACACGGGCUACGGAGUGCCCUCGAGGCGUCGUUUGCGCGGACCUCUUCAUCCGCGCAAUCGUCCGCCGCCUUCAGCUUACGAGGACGGGUCACUAUCUCACAACAACGGGGACAGUUCCGCAUUCGACCCUGUCACCAUGUCGCCACCGUCCACGACGCCCUCCGGCAAGAAGCGAGAGUGGACUGCUACGAUUGGCAGAAAUGGACUAGGCUCUUUGCCGUGGGAGCAGAUGGGCCCCUCUACGUCGGGCCCGUCACCAACCAACAACGAACCACCACGUGCUGAGUUCAGCUUUCAGUCCGGCAUGGCCCUUCCCACCAGUACAACCAGUGCCUCGAUGGCUUCGAUGGCGUCCAUGCCUUCCUCGAGCAGCACAAGCUCGUUCGCUAGCUUCCGACAGCAACAAACGCCAUUGUCUGUCAGUCCUUCGAGCUUUUGCACUGCUGCAGACGCGGACGAGUCGUCCUAUUUCGCUCGAAACGCUAUCUUCUCCCGCGGCAACCAAUCUGCUCAAGCCUCGCUGCGAGAGACGUCGCAGGCGAUCCAGGAGGCAACCCCGCCUGCCGAUGACCCACCCCGAAAGCGUCGUCGUGGCCUAGCAGGAACGAUCGUGGAUACAGCUCUCAACGCGGCGCUGUACACGGGUGCGGCAGCUCUGACUGCUUACUCUCUAUGGUCUUCAUGGGGUCACUCGGCAGACAGUGGAACACAUCAACACCACCCAGAUGCAGGACCGGAGGCAGACAUGGGCCAUGUAAUCUCGCCGAACAAACGUGCUGGCGCCAACGGCAGCGACAAAGAUGCUCGAAUGCCGCCUGGCGGAAUUGAAGAGCCACCUCCUCCUUACUACGAAAACCAAGGCACGCCAUCUGCAUCACUCGCGCAACCGCAGCAACUAACUACGCCGCAGUCCAACUCGGUUCGCGCCCGCAAAGUGUUCGUCUCUUCACAACGUAAUCGGCGGAGGCCUACUUUUCAGGGCUCUAAGAUGCACCGUCAAAGCACGCCGAGGAAGGCCCUGCCUGGUGCUUUCCGCGGGCAAGCCCCGGCCGCAGCUGCUUCGCCCGGUCUUGUCUCCAGCUCGAGUCAAAGCUUCUCGGCAGCAGAUGACGCCGACAACCACGCAGCUGAAGUUGUCAAUGACAUUGAAGAUGACGAAGACGAGGAUGACGAGAUGCUCUCACGUUUUGAAGCCAGAAUGAACGCAUUGAUUGCGGAAGGUCGAGCCGCACUGAAUUCGACUCCAGUCCUGCAAGAAUCGGAUCUCAGGGAAAUCGACACUCCUUCUCCCAGCUUCGGCAUUGGACUGGAUUCAUCUCGAUCCUCAGCGCCCUAUCUAACGUCCCGGACUUCACAGCAAUUCGAUAGCCCCUUCGCCACCGCAUCGUCGUCCAGAACAGGAGGGCUCUCAAUGUCAAAAGAAGUGACUCGCUCUAGCUCAAAUCUGGAUCAGCUUGCGUCUGACUCCAUCUCGUUUCUUCCUGAGCCUGUCAAACGCACCUUUGCCUCUCCUGCCCAACCACAGAGCUUGCGACACUCUCACUCCGCAUUCGACUUCAACUUCCGUCAGACACCCACUAGGGAUCAAGCAUUAAAUAGAGGAUCGCCCUUUGUGUUUGGUGAUACCAGUUCACCUCACGUCGCAGCUGGAGUCGGAACGGCGGCAAGCCCUUCACUGAGAGCAGCUGCAGGCAGAAGAGUCACAGACUUUAACGGCCACGCGGGAAGCCUCUCCAGCCGCAUUCCUCGAUCUACGUCUUCGUUGCAGGCCAGAAAGUCGGUUGCAGGCGAGCACAGGCCUUCGCCUUUCUAG